CAAUGUCCUUCCAACAGUUUGACUCCAUAACAAGAACAACACCAAGCCUCCACACCAUUUCAAGACUCUUCUGUUUGCUGCUCUACACCCACCAUGAAGAGAAUUACUCAACUUCUUUUUGCAGCCUUGCCAUGGCUGCUAUUCCAGGUCAUUUCAAAGGGGUUUUGUGAACAAAGAGUUAAUUGCCAGUGGGGGCCUUAUGGUGAAUGGUCAGAGUGUGAUGGCUGCACCAAAUUACAGACAAGGAGUCGAGCUAUGGCAGUACACACUCAGUUUGGAGGGAACCCAUGUGAUGGGGAUCGCAGCGAGACCAGAGCCUGUGAAACGACGCAAGGCUGCCCUCUGGAGGAGGGAUGUGGGGACAGGUUUCGCUGUCGUUCAGGGCAGUGCAUAAAUCGGGCUCUGCUGUGUAACGGAGAUCAGGACUGUGAGGAAGAUGGACACGAUGAACAGGUCUGUGUCGUUGAAAAAUACAUUACAUGUGGGAUGUCAGUUCCUCCGCCUAACAUCAAGGACCUAGGACUCGGGUUUGAUGUGGUGUCAGGGAAGCGGAGGGGCAGUGUCAUCAACACAGUGAGCUUUGGGGGGCAGUGCCGCAAGAUCUACAGCGGAGUUCAUAAAACUUUGUACAGACUGCCCCUUAGUACCAUCCAGUACAGCUUCUUGGUCAAAGCUCAAAAUGACUUCAGUGAUGAGACGUUCACCAGUAAAUGGCACUAUGCAAAGGACAUUAUCAAUAGAGAGAAAGUGACCGGGACAACGGAAGGAUUUAGCAACUAUGACUUUCAUGAGACACAUGACACGGCUCAGAAACAAAAGCUUUUGAUUUUAAAGAGUGACAUAGAGGUGACUCAGUUCCAGAGUAACUCCCCUCAGUACCUCCCAUUAUCUGAGGAGUUUUGGAAGACACUGGUUAAACUCCCAUCAGUCUACGACUACGCUGCAUACAGGAAUGUGUUGGAGAGGUUUGGAACACACUACCUGUCUGCAGGAAGCCUCGGAGGCUCAUUCAAGGUCAUCGCAAAGAUUGAUGAAGAAACUGAGAAAUUGAUGGUCAGUGAAAGCUCUCAUUAUGAUGAAUGUGCAAGGACUAAACGCUGGGUUUUUAUAUUCCCCAUCACCCAUGUGUCCUGCAAGAGUGGCCAAAGUCCAACACGAUCAACAUCUGACAUUACUAGGAGGUUAAACUUCCAAAAAGUGGAUGUGCAAGGAGGAGGCAGCCAACAAAAAGCUGCCCUUUUGCUCAUACAGCCGUCUUCUCCUGACAGGAACUGGGAAGUGUACUCAAACUGGGCCGAGUCUGUCGGGUCAUUUCCACAUGUUACGAAACAAACGCUGCGGCCCCUGUCAGAGCUGGUGAAGGAGGUCCAGUGUGCCGGGGCGAAGAGGCUGUACCUCCGUAGGGCCAUAGAGCAGUACCUCAGUGAGAGCCACACCUGCCACUGUCGGCCCUGCAGAAACAAUGGCAUGGUUGUCAUGGAUGGAGAUGAGUGCAAAUGCAUCUGUAAGCAUGGCACAUCAGGAGUGGCCUGUGAGGAGGGAACUGAAGCCGAGGGUCAGCCGGGGGUGAUUGACGGUAUUUGGGCCUGCUGGUCUGCCUGGUCGUCGUGCUCUGGGGUCAAAAGGUCAAGAAGUCGCUCCUGCUCUAAUCCCGCUCCUCAGAACGCUGGACAACAAUGUAUCGGAGAACCCACUGAGACAUCCAACUGUGAAGACCAAGACAUGCAAUACUUAAGAACUAUGGAGCCUCAGUGCUUUGACCAAACUCUCCCAGCAAGCCAGACCUGUGGAACACCGCCUGCUCUGAUCAAUGGCUACAUACUGGUCCCUAAGGACAUCUACCUUGUGGGUAGUAAGGUUGACUACACCUGCACAGAAGGAUUAUAUCUUGUUGGUUUUGGCACUAUUGAAUGCACUGCUAGUCAAACCUGGUCUGCGAAGCCUGGACCGUGCACAAAUGCUAGGUGCACCAUAGAUUCCCUUGAUGAGGACGUCAUUGCCUCUCCUCAACAAGAGGUCUACGGCAUUGGGGAGUCAGUCACUUUGUCUUGUCCAGAAGGCAGACAGCUAAUAGGAGAAGCAACUCUUAUGUGUGACCCCAGUCUGAAUUUUUCACCAGACCCAGCAGACAUCAAAUGCAGUCCAGUCACUGUGUCUCAAGCACCCACCUCUUCGCUCCAAUGUCAACCCUGGGAGAAAUCAUCCAGAGGAAAAUGUGUUUGCAAAAUGCCUUUCGAAUGCAGUUCAUCUUUGGAGGUGUGCGUCACUACCUCUAGCAGAAGCCCAGUCCUUCUGAACGUGUGCAAAAUGCAAUCACUGCAGUGUUUGGGGAAGAACCACACGAUGGCAGAGGAAAGCUCCUGCGUGUGGCCGCAGCGCAUCACAACAGACUGCACCAACUGUCACAUAUGGGAGACCUGUGAUGAUCAAACCAAUGUGUGUCGCUGUAAGGAGUCUGCAGAUUGCCUAACCCCUGGAUCAAAUGUCUGUGUUCAAGUUGGAGAAGAUGCAAGUGCAGCUUCUCAGACCAUGAGCGAGUGUGAAGCAGGACAGCGGCGUUGUAAGGGAGAAAAGGUUACAGUUGUCAGUAUCCUGCCUUGUGCUGCCUAACAAUGCAAGAAGAGUGUCUGACCUUAUGACCUUAUAUCUCCCCCUUCGUUUACACAUUAAUCCUCUAUAACACAAUACUCAUAUUUUUCCAGUAAAUUAGUAUUGUAUCACCACAUGUACAAGUACACAGUUAUGCAUGUAAACUGCUAUAAUGUAAAACAGUAUAUAGACAAUAAAUAAACAGCAAAAAACACCA